GAAAAAAGCAAUUCCACAAACUAAAAGAGAGACACAAGGAAGACUCAAAUAAUUGGUGUGCUUUAUAAUUGGCUUAACCAAAGUUUAAGUCUUUACUCCAUUUCUCUUCUUCCAUGUCUUAAAACAUGAUUCACUUUCUCAAGUUCUGUCUUUUUCAUAUCUGAUCAAAAGGGUUUCGAGUUUGGCCUUGGAUCUCAGGGAAUCCAAAGAAAGUUUGGAUUUUUAGAUUAGUUUUAGGGGUUUGAUUUCGAUUCCAAAGUGUUAAAGCUUGUUCCUUUUUAGAGGAACUGUUGUAUGGUUUGUUGUCUUUGAUUAUGUGGAUGGCUACUCGAUCUAGUUCUGGGUUCGGUCAUGAGGGUUCCUCUUUGAGUUCUAUAAAUUUCCAGACGAAUACUUCCUCUUCAGAGAUGGGUCCUUACUUUGGUCGAAGUGGUGGCUUGCUGGGGAUGGAUAUGAUGAGCAAUAAUGCUAACACUGGGCUUGUUCAAAAUGGGUAUUCGUCAAAUUCUUCUCUUGAUUCGGUUUCUGGGCUCAAGGUAGAUGCUUCCUUGGCUAGUGAAUGGUCAACUGAAGAACAACUCAGACUGGAGGUUGGCCUUGAGAAGUAUAAGGAUAAGCCAAGUAUCAUGAAGUAUAUUAAGAUUGCAGCCACUUUACCUGACAAAACUGUUCGAGAUGUUGCUUUGCGUUGUAGAUGGAUGACGAGAAAGAGAAGAAAAGCAGAAGAACAAAACUGUGGAAAAAGAUUCAGUUAUAGCAAGGACAAGCAGGUGGAAUUGACUUCGAGCAUACCUUCUGUUUCCCCUGCUAGCAUGGCUUCGUACCCUUUCUUAAUGCCCUCUACAACCUCCUCAGAUUUAAGUGGCAAUGCAUUCAGUCUCUUAGACCAAAAUGUAAGAGCAUUUAGUCAAAUCAGAGCUAAUCUCUCCUCAUACAAGGCACAUGAUAACGUAGAUCUCUUCUAUCAGGCAAGGAACAACCUUAUCAGGAUCCAAAAUGACAUGAAUAAUAUGCCUGGCUUGAUGAGCCAGAUGCCACCAUUGUCUGUUGCAAUCGAUGAUGAUCUCUCAGCUAUCUUAUUUAGUAAUUCAACUUCGGCGGUGCCUUUCAACACAAUGCAAAAUGGCGGUUUCCAUAUGAAGCAAGAGCCUUUUGGGUGACUGAUGAAGUCAUCUGGUAUCCCUUAAUCAUCUGUAAAUGAUCUUAAAAAGAAGCUGGAGAGCUCAAUAUAUAUAUAUAUAUAUACUAGUUUUUUUUUUCCUUUCAUCCACCGCAUCUUUAUCUCAAGUUUGUAGAAAAUGUGAUUCUUUCGUAUCACUAAAGAUCUUUGAAACAGUGCCGUAAUCUUAAGAAAGGAGUAGUAGUCUUGGUCCUGGCUCAAGACUCAAAACCCUCUUUGACAAGGUCUAUAGAUUGAUCUAUUUAGUUAAAUGUUCUUGGAGAGUUUUAAGGGAUGUGUAUAAAAUGAUGUGAUUCUAUAGAAGAGAGUGUUUAGAUUUGUAUCUGUCAUCUUUUGAUCAUUUGGAGUUAUUUUGGUACC